GCAGCUCGCGCAGCGACUGGCGGCCGGCGACACGGCCGCGGCGCUGGCCUCCUCCCUGUCCUCCACCCUGGCCGACGGCAUGGCCGCCACCGUGGUGGACCGCCUCGGACAGCGCCUGGAGCAGCAGGACCAGCAGAGGGCCGCGGACCUCAAGGCCUCGGCCCAGGAGUCCAAGGACGAGCUGCUGGAGUCCGUCAGCGACAUCAUCACCUCGAGCAACAGAGGCUUGGUGGCCGACGUGGCCAAGUCGUACGAGGCCGUGACCAAGGAGCUCGGGGCGCUGGUCGGCGUGGAGCGCGUGCUCAUCCAGACGGGCGACAACGUCCUGGACGCCAAGCGGCGCAUCGAAUAUGGCGUGCACCAGAUCCUGCACGAGGUCGGCGCCCUCGUCAAGGAGCAGUCGAAAGACCUGAACGAGACGCUCAACAUGCGCUUCGACGUCAUCUCCGCCGACAUCCUGUCGCACCAGACGGAGAACCUCGGCAACCUGAGCACCAAGAUCGAGACGGAGAUCUCGCAGGUGUGGCGGCAGAUCGGCAUCAUGUACGAGCAGCUGACGGCCUCCAAGAGCAUGCUGGACCGGCUGCAGCAGCAGACGGAGAUCUACGUCAACGGCAGCCUGCAGACCAUGGACGGCAUGGAGGGCAAGGUGGGCCAGAUCACGGGCAGGAUGGGCGAGGUGGACGAGAACCUCAACUACCUGCUGGGCCGCCUGUCGCUCGUCACGCAGGAGUUCAACCAGAUCAAGUCGGGCCUGGCGUCCGCCCUGGACAGCAUCCGCAAGAGCUUCCUGGAGCUGCAGGGCCAGGUGACGCAGGUCACGGACCUGGGCCCCGGCCCCAACCCCAUCCCCGAGGAGCCCCCGUCCCCCGCCAUCAUGGUCCGCGCCAGGACGCCACCGCGGCCCGGUAGCGCCGCCGGCGACACGGGCUCCGACAACCAGGUCUAGCCCGAGUCCGCCACCGACAUGGAGCCGCGUCGGCGGCUACCUAGGCCUAACAGUGCAGGCGCCAGCUUGGGCGUCCGAUGCUCCGUCCGGAGCUGCUAGCCUGCAGUCUCAUUCCGAGAGUCGUUUCCGUCGCUCUGUCUCUCUCGCUCCUACACGGCACGCCCCAUAAGUGCGAGAGAGACAGAGCGACGAAAGCGCCUCUCGGAAUGAGUCUGCUGGUGGCUCCGGACACCGCCACUGCCGUGGACAAUGCUCGCGUGCGCAACAAGCCUUAAGCGGGAGCGACACCGGCAGGCCGACAAGGCCCUCAAGCCAGUGGGGACCACUUCUCCCAUGCUGGCCGAUUUAAUUGCGUGGUGCAUGCGAUGCAAGUGUUGGAGCAGAAAAAGUUUCCAUUUAGAUUUCGCUAUCAUUUCAUUCAUUCUUAGUUGUGUGUGUGUGAGUUGCUUUUUUUUUUUUUACUCCAAUUUAACUUUUUAUUAAUUGUAAAAUGAAGUUGAACACCAAGUUCCUCCCACUUCACCCAACAUUUCCACCCAUGUGCGAUGAAAGGGUACUUCUUGAUAGAAAAACUCAAAAUACGUGUACUAUGAAAAUGAUUUAUUGUAGUUAUCGCGAAGUACAAAAGAAAAAACAAGUGGAUCAGAAAAAUAGCUCAAUAAAAAAUACAAGAUUUAAUACAUUCAACAAUGAUAUCACAUGUUCCAGUCUGGCAAUGAGUAAAACAUUAAAAAAUUGAACAAACACUCAAAAUUUCAUGGUUUUGGUCCUUUGCAGGACGGCCACAUUUAAAAGCAUCAAUUUCAAAUCACAUCUACUUCUUCUUGUAUGAAUAAAAUCCUUCCCCAGUCUUCAUUCCAAGUUUGCCCUCUGAGACAAGUUUGUUCAGUGUAUCCAGGGGGUUGAAAAGGGGGUUCUCCGGCAUCUUCUCAUGCCAACCUGUGAGCAAAAAUUUUGUUGCAUUAAUUGACACUUUCAGUAACAUUUAACUCUAAGUUAAUAAAAGAUCAACAAAUUUACCAUCAAGAAUGAA